AUGUCUCUCCCUCUACGAACAAUGUGCCGAGAUGGUCCCGCGGUCUUUGCCAUCGGUCUUGGUUUCGGGAGCAUUGCCGGAUUCUACGGACCACCUGGUGCCCUUGACGAGAGAGUUGCCGUCUUGAAGCACGCACAUGCCACCGGAUUGCGCUUUUGGGAUAUGGCCGACAUCUACGGUGACAGCGAGUACGUUGUGAGGGAAUGGAUCAAACGACCCGGCAAGCGCAAUGACGUCUUCCUGGCCACGAAGUUCGGGCUCUAG